UCCCCCAAUGGAUUAUUCAUUUGUUAAAAUUUAUGAGAAAAUGUGGUUUUACAAGCUUCAAACUUGUGGGGAGGAGCUUAUGGACACUCAUAUAAAUGUAUGUUUUUAUUACCUGAGGAAGAAGAUUAAGCUGGUUGAUGGUUUGAACAAGAGGGUUACAACUACAGACUCUUGGUUUGAUGCAACUAUCAAGGGUUUGUAUGAUAACUUUGUGGCAGCCAAAUGUGAUUCAAGCAUCAUUCGUUUUGAUAAUCUAAUUUCAGAUUACAUUAUUGGUGAAUAUUUGUUUUGUAACACUCCUUGGGUGGAUGUGGAUCAUGUUCUUUUUCCUGUGCAUGUGAAGGUUCAGUUGCAUUGGGUUUUUAUUCACUUUUCCAUUAAGAGUAGGAUGUUAACUGUCUACAAUUCUUUGACGGGGAAGAAGAAUGAGAGUAUUGCUUUGCCAUAUGUGAAGGCUUACUCUGUUGUUUUACCAUAUUUUCUAGAUUUUCUUGAUUUUUAUUGUUCUAUGAAAGAUUUGGACUUGAAUGUUGGUCCAUAUUCUGUUGGGAAGAAGGAUCCAAUUGAUUUUAACUUUGCCAAAGACUUGCCAUUUCAAGAGGAUAAGUAAGUAACUGGUUUUUUGUAUAUUGUUGUUUAUUUUUCUAUUUUGUUUGUUUUUAAGUAAUUUCAU